AUGGAUUUAAUUGAGAACAAAUUAUAUCAACGGAAUGUUAUAGUGAUUCUUGAAGAUCCUGAAUAUUUUGAGUAUGAUCUGUCAUCACUUGAAUAUCCUGGCAAUCUUACACAUGUCCCUAUAUGGGAGAUUGCCAUUAAAAUAACUUUCUAUAGUAUCAUAAUUAUUUCUUCUAUGGUGGGAAAUAGUUUAAUAUUUUUGGUGAUUGCGCGCACAAAACGCAUGCAGACAACUACAAACUUUUUUCUCGUGAACCUAGCGGUAUCUGACCUUCUGGUGAUCGCGUGUUGUUCUUGGGUUCGACUCGUCGAUGAUAUAACAGAAGGAUGGGUACUGGGCAAUGUUUUCUGCAAACUCAACUCGUUUGCUCAAGCCGCAUAUUCACCUCAUGAAAUGUGUAUUAUCAUUGUCAUACCACACAUGAGUGUCGUUAUUAUGCUGAUAACAAUUUUGGCCACCUUUGGCCUGUGCUGGUUACCCCUUGAAAUUGUUAUAUUAUAUUCUGAGUAUUGACCAAACCAGCAUGAACAGCUACCGCAUUGGUACAGCAUUCUGGAGUUUGUAUCCUACACGCUUGCUUUCGCAAACAGCACCCUGAAUCCACUCAUAUAUGCGGGUUUUAACGAGAACUUGAGAAAAGGUACACGGAGCAUUUUUACGUGGAGGAAGCAAGAAUGUUAA